AUGGCCAAGCGCACUCUGGAUACAUACUUCUCCACGCCAAGCAAGAAGGCACGCGCCGACGAGCCCGCAGAAGCAACGGCAGACACCCUCCCUGGUCCGAGAUCCGUGACCAGGACGACAAAUCAUUCAACAUACCCCUGGCCGAUCCCUCACCUGCCUAGUCAUGUCGCGUCGGAGAUCGAAUUGCUGGUCACCGCCCAAGGCAAAGAGAUCAGGGACCAACAAGACCUGGACUUGCUGUAUUUCCAACCAUUUAUCCCGAAAUCGAUCGAACGGGAGCUCUUCACUUUCCUCCGCUCCGAGCUAUUCUUCUACCGCGUCAAAUACACCAUCAAACGCUUCGGCAAGGAGACCCUCGUCAACACGCCGCGGUUCACCACCGUGUUCGGUCUCGACGAGACGAGUCGCUUUGCGGAUGACGGGUUGCGCAUCGUCGAGGCGUCGGACCCGUCCAAGACGGUUCGAAAGGACAAGUAUAAGUGCAACCCACGCCCCAUCCCGGAGUGCCUGGAUCUCCUGCGCAGAGUGACUGAAGCAAACACCGACACCAAGUACAACUUCUGCCUGGUGAACUAUUAUGCAUCCGGCAACGACAGCAUCUCGUUUCACAGCGACGAUGAGCGAUUCCUGGGCCCCGAGCCAGCCAUCGCGUCGUUCACGCUGGGGGCCAAGAGGGAUUUCCUGAUGAAGCACAAACCUCCCAGGGAUGGCGAGCCAGAGCUGGAGACCAGGGACAUCAAGCUGCCCCUGGCGAGUGGCGACAUGAUUCUGAUGCGAGGCCCGACCCAGCCCAACUGGCUGCAUAGCAUUCCGAAACGAAAGGGCGCCGAGGCCGACAGAGGUCGCAUCAACAUCACUUUGCGCCGCGCCUUGAUUCCGGCCGGCACGGAAAACUACUAUCGAUACAAUGUCGGGGAGGGCGGAUGUUAUCAGUGGGAUAGCUCCAAAAGAGAGAUGGUGCCUUGGCCAUCGAGGAUGGACGGCACCCGGUGA